GUUCCGAGAGAUUUUCAAGAGUCACGGUAUUAUUAAAGAGUGAGAGAGAGAGAGGCAGAGAGAUAGAGAGAGAGAGCGGGAGAGGAGAGAGGGGGAGAGACAGGGGGGAGAGAGAGAGAGACGCGGUAACAGCGUUUGUCCUUCUUCGACUCAGUUUUGUGACCUGCUGGCGGCCGGAGCGGGCGACGGACGAAGAAACUUGAGACAAUCACAGCGAGACCCGACGUUCAGAGGGUGUUCAACCCUCUGUGGAAAACUGAAUGAGACGCUUCGCAAGAGGAGCGGGGAAAAAAACAGCAGCGAGCGGCUUGGUGAGAUAGAGGGAGAUAUUAGGCAGCGUGGAAAAAAAAAAACCAGAAGAGGAGGAGUGACUGACACCUGCCCUCCAGCUCAGUGUGAAGGGCACAGAAUGGGAGAGUGAGAGGAGGGGGGCAUUAAGAAAAGAGGCAAAACAGAGGGGAGAAUGAAGACAACUGGAAAACAAGGCCUGCCUCACAGCAAACCUCUCUUAAAUUAGGACAUCUCGCCACAAGACAAGAUGAUUACCAGAAAUCUGCUUCUACUGGUUUCCCUGUGCCUGUGGGAGGGGCUCGCGGGAAACGCCUCGGCCAGUAAGAUCCUACGGAGGAGAGGAGUGGGCGGAUCGCACAUGGUGAGAGCUGCGGACCAACGGGAUGCGAGCGUGGAUGCAAACGCAAUGCCAGUGGUGACUCUUAGGAACCUGAUUAAUCGUGAGCCGGCAGGUGACGCCGGGUCUUUUUCUUAUUCCAAGAUGUCGCCGAAUCGUGGCGCUCCAUCUGUGGCGAACAAGGAGAGGCAAGCUUUCAAGCCCAAGCGCGAGGUCGACUCUGUCAGUAAGAAAGAAACGACUCCGCGCGUUUUAGCCAACAACAAGGAGUUAAACCAGGAUGUGAAGAAGGUAAAGAACAACACCAAGAGUGCUGAGUCCAUCAAGACAGGGACGACGUUCACAAUCCAUCACAAACCCGAUCUACACUCCAAUAAAACCAGGUUUAAAUCAGGCUCUAGAUCCAGGAGCAGACCUGAUUUGAACGUCCAUACCACAGGUGUGCCAGGGAAAGGAUUCAGCAUAGAGUCAAACCGAAAGCUGAACCUCACCGGCAGCUACGGCGUCCUGAAGCUGCUGUCAAAAGAGAACUUAGUCAGGAUCGUCAAUUCCCAAAUGCAGAGCGUUCCCGGCUUGAACUUUCCGAGCAAGGGCAGCCGGAGCAGGAAGAGAGAUUUGAUUGACGUUAAUCACGGACAGUUAGAGGCUCAGAAAAUGCCCAGACAAGAUACUGCUGUCACUCAGCCUCAUACUGGAUUUGAUAAUCAGACUGCAUUUCCUUAUGUAAGCCCCGUCACCACUCCAGAUCUUAAUCGAGACCAGGGCGCUGACACUCGUAUUAAUCCGCUAAGCGAAGUCAAGCCAUCUUUAAGUAAAGGGCAGGACAACUUAGGAAUGCGGGGUUCAGAUAAUGGAGAUAGCAAGAGCAAACACCUCGUGCGUGUUCUGUCAACACCUCGCAGCGAGGUCAGUCUCGGCCCCGAGGAAGACGUAGUGAUCAGCCAAACGCAACCACCAUUUAUAUCGGCAAAGCAUCUCCCCCUGUACGUUCCCUCUGAAACAAACGAUUCUCCUCCGUCUGUGCUGACAAUGCAGCACCUGGGAUUAAGACUGGGGAACAGAGCAGCAGAUUCCCGCAGAGACCCAUUAACGGAGUCGGUUCACACCGCUCAAACAGAACUCAGCACGGCUCAGUACCCCGCAGAUGAAGACAAGAAGCUUGUCAACAGCAGUCACGUCCUGAAGCUCCACCCAGCUCCCGAAUGGAGCCGCGACGCUAAAGACGCCGGGAUGCAAGCUGUCGUCCCCGACGACGGGAAGGGCCUCGUGUUUGAAGAAGCUGAGUCAGAGGUGAAGGAGGAGGUGCGUGACCGCGCGCAGGGGAGGGGGCCGCGCUCUCGCAGCAGGAGGAGCUGGAUCUGGAACCAGUUCUUCGUGAUCGAAGAAUACGCCGGGCCUGAACCUGUGCUCAUCGGACGGCUCCACACAGACAUGGACAGGAAUGAUGGACGCACAAAGUAUGUCCUGCGAGGCGAGGGGGCGGGCUCGGUCUUCGUGAUAGACGAGAAGACGGGUAACAUCCACGUCACCAAGCCACUGGACCGUGAGGAGAAGGACGAGUACCGCCUCAUCGCCACGGCCACCGACAGGCAGACCGACCGUGCCCUGGAGCCCUCGUCACAAUUCAUAAUCCGUGUACAGGACAUCAAUGACAACCCGCCUGUCUUUGAUGAAGGCCCCUACAGCGCCACCGUGCCUGAGAUGGCAAAUAUAGGCACGUCUAUAAUCCAGGUGACAGCAACAGAUGCUGAUGACCCGACUUAUGGGAACAGCGCCAAGCUAGUGUACACACUGGUGCAGGGCCAACAGUACUUCUCUGUCGAUCCCCAGACAGGUAUUCUGCGUACAGCUGUGCCUGACAUGGACAGAGAGACCCAGGACCAGUACCUGGUGGUGCUUCAGGCCAAGGACAUGGGGGGCCACCUGGGUGGAUUAUCAGGCACCACCACCAUCACCGUCAGGCUCACCGACGUCAACGACAACCCUCCGCGGUUCACCCAGAGCAUGUGGUCCUUCUCUGUUUCCGAGCUGGCCAUCCCGGGCGCCGAGAUAGGGCGUAUUUCAGCCACUGACGCCGACCUCGGCGAGAACGCCAAGCUGGAAUAUACCAUCCUGGAGGGGGAGACCGGGGACACGUUCAACAUCACCGGAGUGAACCAAGAGGCUGUCAUCACGCUCAACAAGGCUGUAGACUAUGAGAGCCGGAGCUCCUACUCUUUCUCUGUCGAGGUCCUCAACCCCAUAGUGGACCCUCGCUUCCUGCGUCGAGGCCCCUUCAAGGACCGGGCCUCCAUCAGAGUAGCUGUGCUGGAUGCAGAUGAGCCGCCGAGGUUCUCCCGGGCACGAUAUCACAUGGAUGUAUCUGAGAACUGCCCGCCAGCCUGCACUGUGGGCCGGGUCAGCGCUGUAGACCCUGAUACUGGUCUGACCAACAAUAUCAGGUUCUCCAUUGAUCCUCAGUCAGACCCGGAGGCACUGUUUCGUAUCACCCCAGACACCGGCCUCAUCACCACGGCCAUGGAGCUGGACCGGGAACGCGAGCACUGGCACAACAUUACUGUCAUUGCAACCCAGAGAGACAAUCCCAGCCAGGUGUCCAGAGUUCUGGUUGCAAUAGAGACAUUAGACCUGAACGACAAUGCGCCCGAGCUGGACAGGCAGUACACAACAGCCAUGUGCGACUCCUCCUCCAUCGGGCAGGUGGUGCAGGUGUUGCGGGCGAUUGAUAGAGAUGAGGGAGGGAAUGACAGCACUGUGUAUUUCAGCAUCCCUCCAGAGUCCAGAGCUGCCCUCAACUUCAGCGUCAGGGAUAGUGGUGGCCCCACAGCCAGCCUGGUGCUGCUGUCCCAGCUCCAGCCGCUGUCCCGCUCCCAAUCCUCCACCCUGACGCUCCACGUGCCGCUGGUCCUGAGGGACGGGACGUCCGGCCUCACCAGCACCGGGACGGUCACUGUGUCCGUCUGUCCCUGCCUGAGAGGAGGGGCCCGGGCCGGGGAGAAAGAGAAGGAAAAACAGACGGAGGGCGAGUGGGACUGGGAGAGAGAGGCGGUGUGUCUCCCUCAGCAGUCUACGCUGCCUUCCCCCGGGCUCAGCACAGCCGCCCUGCUGGCUAUCCUGGCCUGUGUCGCUACACUGCUGGCGGUGAGUGCCCUGUCACUGUCCCUGCGCCGGCAGAAGCGCGACUCCCUGUCGCCGCUGGAGGAGGACGACGUGCGCGAGAACAUCAUAACAUAUGAUGACGAGGGCGGCGGAGAGGCUGACACAGCUGCCUUUGACAUCGCAGCGCUGCAGAGCGCUCCGCACAGCUCGCGCUCACGUGGCUACCGCACGCUGGACAGCAGGAACAUACGUUACACACAACGUGGCCAAGAGAAAGCGCGCACCUACAGCUGGGCUCAGAACCCAGGUGUGGAUCACAACUACUCAGGACCGGGAGGACCCCUCUAUGGUCGCCUGUGUUACAGCAGCCACACUUUACCUGUUCUCCGGCGCGCACCAGGCGGGACAUUUGAACCGGGCCUGGCUGAGCUUGGGUACCGCUUUCCCGGAGGCCAGCCGGACCACUCCCUGGUCAUCCAGAACCAGGGGGCCAUGGUGGGGCCGAUGGAGUCUGGGGCGGUUUACAUAGCCCCCACGGACCUCAGCAACGGAAGCCGAACGGGGAGUCGCACGGGAAGCCGCGACGGGACCGCGCCCCAGAGCACGUCAGACGGAGGAACGCCGAGGACGAGUGACAGCCAGGAGAGAGGAGGAGGAGGGACAAGAACUGCGAGCAACUGCACAGAGGGGAGCAACGAGGACAAAGUGAACCACAGUCAAGAUGCAGACUGGCCCCAAACUGAAACCACUCGUGCUCGCCUACGUUCCCUCCAGGUGCAGUCGGAGACUUUACCCCGGGAGCAUAAUCUCGUCAUGACCCGGUCCGGCUCCAUGAUCGGCCAGGGUCACGGGGCAGGAGGCUGGGCGAGCGACUCGGCUACCCUCCCCCUGGCGGGACGCAGGGCCUCCCGCACCGGCUUGUCCCCAAAACGCACAAGCUCUGGCCAAGCAGAGUCCGACUCCAGCGGAGUGGGAGGUGGUGGAGGAGGAGGUGGUGGUGGUGGUGGAGGAGGAGGUGGAAAUGGAAGCGGGGGCGCCUCCGCAGAUGGACAACAGCAACCUGCCAGUGGACGCAACUACGCCACUAUGCUGCAGGGGGAGGUGUCUGGACAGAGGGACUACCCCGGCAGCUUAGGGAGAGGAGGACUGGAGAUGGGGAGCAACUUUGUUGUGGCGAGGCCAGACAGGGAGGGCGGAGGGAUAUCACUGACCGGGACUCCAUCUGUCUACUCAGAAGCAGCUGGCUUUAUUGGGGACUGGCGUGAUCGGGUGGGUCUGGGGGGGUAUGUUUUGGGCAGGAGGGAUAUGACCCCGCAGCUUUUGCCCUUCCCGGGGCAACCUCGAGGAGCGUACGGCGGAGUCAUGGGCUUCGGGGCCAGUUGGGUUCCAGGAAUGGAGGCAGCAAGAGGGCCGCCAGGGCCCGGGGGUCCCUCCUUGGCACUAAGGGUGGGUGAGUUCCUACGUCUGCGUCUUGCCCAGGUCACUUUUGACCCUUCACAGCCGCCGUAUGACUCUGUGCAGGUGUACGGCCUGGAGGGCACAGGGUCCAGGGCCGGAUCCCUCAGCUCGCUGGAGAGCGAAGGGGAGAAGGAUGCAGAGAAGGAGGAUUGGGGGGCAGGGCUGGAAGAGUGGGGCCCCCAGUUCCAGAAAUUAGCCCAACUCUUCAAAGAUAGGGAGAAAGAGAGGGAAGAGAAGGAAAAUGAUGAAGAGGGUGCCAAAAAGGAGAAAGAAAAGAAAGACGAUCCAGAGAAGAAAGAGAAAAAAGAGAGAGGAGAGCAGGCUGGAGAAGAGGGGAAAGACUGAGGAAGAAAUGAAAAUGAGACAAAUAGGGGCAAAGGGGGUAAGAGAAGAAGGGAGGGAAUAGGAGGAUGAUGAAAAGGCAACCAGAGUUAGAAUAAUGUGAAGAGAAGUUAAAGGGGAGAAAGAUGAAGAGGCAAAGUAAUAAAAAGAGACAGAGAAAAAUGAGCCCAGGGAGGAUGGAGAAUGCGAGGGCAGGGGAGGGAGUGAUUGAUGUAAUUUAAAGCAAUAAGUGUUGAAACGCUGAUAUGGUUGAGCACAGAUACUGAGACAAUGCAGAGGCUGCUUCUGCUCAGGGCAGCAACAAUUUGUUAAACGCUUUGGACAAAGAAAAACAACCCAAACAUCCAAGACUCGAUUUAAUUCAACUCUCACGUAUGGAAUGAGAAACAGCAGGAAACAAGAGGGGAAGGCGUUUCUCGUCGUGCGCGCUGGUCUGCCCUGCGUGCACUCUGGGCGUGCGUGAGUGCACGUGUGUGCAUAUUUAACAAAGACGGAGGAAGAGCGGCAGGGAGAAAUCAUCGCAUGCACGAGACGAUUUAAUGACGAGCCCGGUGACUGAUGAUACACAAGCUGCGACAUUAGUUUUCGGGACACUGUGCAGGAGUAAACAUCUCACAGGGAAGUUUAGAAAGUAGGGUUUAACACACAGGGGACGAAACAUAUAUUUGAAGAUGAAGUGAAUGGGACCGGAGAAGGAUGUAUAGAGAGAGAAACGGUCGGGGGAAGUGAGACGAUUGUACAGAAACAGUUACUUUUUAUUCCAUCUGCAGUGGCAGAAAAGUGAAUUAUUCAGCUCACUAUUUCAUUCCAAAUGAAAAUGAUGAAUCAUUUAAAUCCUGCAAAAGAUUCUCCCUCCUCUCAGCCCACAAGGAAAACAGACAUUGUGAAAAAUGUAAAUGAUUAAGGGAUCCCCUCCCCACCGCCCCCCUACCGCCACCAACCUACCCCCCCACCACCCACCCACCCUACCCCACCACUCUCUCAUCUCCCUGCCUUUUUGUAGUUGACUGUUGGUAUGUUUACAAAGAUCCACACUCACACACAGACACAAAAACAACUGAUGAACACCACGAGGCUUUGAUUGUACUACAGUAAAUUAUAAAAGCAAAACCAUUCACGAGUAUUUCAUCCACUAUAUGGAGUAAUGAUGACUCUAUUAUUAAAUGUUUUUAUUAUGGAAAAAGUCUCCUAUUUUUUUAAUGGGUAGUCCCUCCACCACCCCCCACCCCCCGCCCCCACCCCACCGUAGUCUAAUUUGACACAUCUCGAGGACAAAGUGUGCAUGAUUUUUGAAAACAAAAAAUAAUAUAAAAUAUAUAAAACGACAAUCUGGUCUCACUUUGAGCGCUCGCGCCGCCCCAAAUGAAAAUUUCCACAGAUCCGUAAUGAAAUAAUAGGGGAGCAAAGCCGCAGACAUUCCCCUCGAUGGGCUUUUUGUUCUCGUUAAAGGUCAGGAUGCAAAUGAGCUGGAGUUUUCAGCUGGAAUGCACUUUUAUACUGUGUGAUGUUCAAUAAUAGAUCAUGAAUAAUGUCAAAGAUUACAGUUGUUUUAUAAGAUGUCAAUUAAACGAAAAAGAAACAAUGUUUGACUGUAUGUAAGAGCAUUUCAAAUGUAAAUACCACUGAAUAUUAUUGCUAAAAAGAGAGUAUAUAAAAUAAGUUUAAAAAAACAAACAUAAAAAAAAACAAACAAAAAAAAACAGAACUUACAUGUCCACAUGGAGCACUGUGGGGACUGUCUGUAUGUGCUGUAGAUUAGAAGUGGGUUAACUGAGCUGGACCUAACAGCCUCCGAUGGACUGAAGCGACCCCCGUUGUUUUCAACAUCUGUGUACCAAGUGAACAGGUUUGGCUUUGUGUCGUGGAGGCUCUCGUCUGAGAUGGACAAGCCAAGGAUUCAAUUAUACAUGUGGCCCCUGGCAGAAGUUUGUUGUGCAAAAUAUUAGUUACAGGAAGACUGUCAGCCGAGCUUACUCCAGCGAGAAACCAAUUUGAUGAAAAUCCAAAGGAGGGAUGGAGAAAUUCCCCUACUAGGCAUCUAACAAAAAAAAAAAAAAAUCAGUAUUUACCCUAAAAUCUGGGUUAUUAUUCUGCAGAAGUAGAAUAAUACACAGAAAUGGAAUUUGUGAUGAGUUUUGAGGACAUUGCUGUUAUUAGUGUGGCGUUGCCUGAGAGAUGUGGAACAAAGUAUUGGUUUUGGAAAGUGACCAUUAUAUUCAAUCUCUCAUACAUUUCAGGCAGUGCAACUCCAAGACCAUGUUAGUGUUUUGCUUUACCUCGACCUCUAGACGAACCUGAAGUAACGCAAACUCUCGUCAUUUUGUAGAAUAAGAACCAAACAAGUCAAACUCGGGUCAAGUCGUUUUUGUGUGUCCAGAGAGGAGUUCUGCCGCAUGCCCUGAACCUGAAUGUGUGCGUCUUCGGUGUCGCCAUCGCAGAACCGUCACAGUUGAUCGUCUAUCACCGGCUCACUGUAAAGCCACCCACGUAAAGUCGAGCUCCAGCUUUGCUUGUGUCCACCAGUUUGGUCCGCCAUAAUCAUGUUGUCGAGGUCCGCUACCGUCAACACUUAGAUAACCAAUCAGGAAGCCAGGCUACACACUGACCGCAGUGACACCCGUAUACACGUCUGUACCCUUUACAAUACCUGAGCCACAGGCUGAGUCCAUGCAGUGCCACUGAGCAGACUGGACGGUAUCAGGACCAAUGUACAAAUACUGCACAAUAACUG